AUGGCCCUAGAUUCUUUGGCUUUGCUGUUUUUGUCACUUUUGGGCUUUCAGCUGAGUUCUGGAGCUCCAGCUCCAGCCUCAGGCCCAGUGUUUCUCUCCAGUCAAGCAGCGGACAGCGUUCUGCAGAGGUCCAAACGCUUUAACACCAGGGGGUUUGAGGAGCUGCGGCCAGGCAACUUGGAGAGAGAGUGUAUGGAGGAAGCUUGUAACUGGGAAGAGGCCAGGGAGAUCUUUGAGAAUGAAUUAAAGACGAUGGAGUUCUGGCUGGGAUAUUCAGAUGGUAAUCAGUGUGAAUCACAUCCAUGUCUGAACCGAGGGUCAUGUAAAGACCAGAUUGGCUCCUAUAUCUGCACAUGUCUGCAUGGCUUCACUGGCAGGAACUGUGAGAUCAUUGUAGCAAAGAGAUGUGAUGUGAACAAUGGGGAUUGUGUGCACUUCUGUGAAACAGCAGGAGCCUCUGGAGCAACAUGUUCCUGUGCGACCGGAUACAGGCUAAUGGAGGACAAAGUCAACUGUGAACCAGAAACUGAAUUCCCAUGUGGUAGAACUGCCCUGACAUCAGGAAGUGCAGUAUUCCGAAGGUUUUUCCUCAGCUAUGAAAAUACAAGCAUGCAGAACACGACUUCACUAACCAGCACCACUGCUGCUUCAGCCCCUCCCUCAGUUCCAGCUAGUACUGCAGCAACUUCUCCUGCCACAAAUAAUUCUGUAAGAAAUCAACCCAGAAAGAAACUGCCCUUGUGGGUUUACAGUAACACUGAGGACCCCACUGAGGAUCCCACUGAGGAUCCCACUGAUGACCUCACUGAGGAUCCCACUGAUGACCUCACUGAGGAGUCUCCUCAUCCUUUUAAACGCAUUAUAGGUGGUACGGAGGUGAUUCCAGGAGAGAUCCCUUGGCAGGUAGCCCUGAUAGACCAUCGCAGUGGUCAGCUAUUUUGUGGGGGAUCCAUUCUCAGCGAGCACUGGGUUAUUACUGCUGCUCACUGCAUAGAGCAGGCACAGGGACCCUUCUUCAUCAGAGUGGGGGAGCUUAACAUUGACAUCAAAGAGAGCACAGAGCAAGAGCAUGAAGUGUUGGAGAAGCACAUACACCCACACUACAAUGCCAGUAUAAGCCUGUACAACCAUGACAUCGCCCUGCUGUAUAUCAAAACUCCCAUCGUCUUCUCCAGAGUAGUCCGACCCAUCUGUCUAGGGCCCGGGGCCUUUACUGAGUACCUAGUGCAGGAGUCCUCCCCAGCUACAGUCAGCGGCUGGGGUCGAACACGCUUCCUUGGAUCUACGGCUAGCACCUUGCUGAAGGUCGAGGUUCCCUUCACAGAUCGGACAGAGUGUAAGCGCAGCAGUAAGGCCAGGAUCACGUCUGGCAUGUUUUGUGCGGGGUACUAUAAUGAGGCCAAAGAUGCCUGUCAGGGGGACAGUGGAGGUCCUCACACAAACAGUAUUCAUGACACGUGGUUCCUGACGGGCAUCGUGAGCUGGGGAGAAGAAUGUGCAAAAGAUGGGAAGUAUGGUGUGUACACUCGUGUGUCUUUUUACUACCAAUGGAUAAACCAGGUCAUGGGAUUAACUAAACACAGGCUGGCAUUUGAUGUGGAAGAUUCUGUUCCUUAAAUUUAAGAUAAAAAAAAAAAAACUGGUUUACAAGUUGCUUGGACUCAACUAUGUCAUAAAUGUGGCAUGCAAUUCAUGAAACUAAGUUUGAAAUAAUAAUAAUAAUAAUAACAACAAUAUCAAAUGGACGUGCCCAGAAGACCCCCAAAGGGAGGCAACCUGGAGGCAUCCUAAUAAGAUGCCUGAGCUCACCUCAGUUCUACUCCAAGUUCCUUCCGGAUGACCUAGCUCUGCACCCUAUCUCUAAGGGUAAAUCCGGCCACCCUACAAAGGAAACUCAUUUCAACAGCUUGUAUUAGCGAACUUACUCUUUCAGCCACAACCCAUAGCUUAUGACUAAUGGUGAGGGAUGGAGCGUAGACUGGUAAAUUGAGAGCUUUGCCUUUCUGCUCAGCUCCUUCU